AAAAUAAAAAAAAAAAAAGAAUGGUCAUAUCAACAUCUUUCAUAGUAGCCAGCAAUUAGAAACAAAUUGAAUGUCCAUCAACAGAAGAAUGAGUAAAUAAGUUAGAAUAUAUUCAUACAAUAGACUAUGACAUCAUAAUGAGAAACAAAUCAACCAACCCUACUGAUGUGCAACCACAUGGCUGAAUCUCACAAACAUCAUAUUGAGUGAAAGAAGCUAAACCCAAACAAAUACAUGCUGUGUGGCUUCAUUUAUACAUACAAAAGCAGGAACAAUUAAUCUAUGGUGACAGAGGUCAGAAAGUGUUGGUUACCUUUGAAGGGUAUCAUCUGGGAGGGGGCAUGAGAGAACCUUCUGGGGAUCUGAAAAUAUGGUGGCUCCAUGGCUAUGAGCAGAUGAAAAAAUUCAGCAGGCUGUAAACUUAAGAGAUGUGCACCUUACUGUACCCAAGAUAAAAGGGAGAAAUCUUUAACAAUUUUAAAACAGAAUACUGGUUCUGCAAAUGCAGCUUCAAGACAAGUCCUAUGGUUGUUCCCACCCUACCCUAGCUCACCACCCUCCAGCCCCUCCUGUAUGGACUUCCAAAGCCUUCCCUGUAGAGAACUUCGAAAGUUGCUACAUUCCUUGAUCCCAGAGUGUGUGUUUGCUUGGGGUUAUAUAAAUCUGAUCUGUGGGAGCUGGCUAAGGUGGGGAUGAGGUAGAAGACAUCCUCCGCAGUGAGAGGAGGCCUCGUCAUAGGUGAGUACAUGACGACAUCUCUGAGGAAGGAACCAUGACAUUUCUCUUCCGAACCAGGACACUUUUGAGAGCAAAACAGAGAUCCAUGAACAUUUUCACCAGGACAGCAGGCAUAAACCAGAAUGUCCCAGACAAAGGGGUAGAUCAUGGGACUUCUUGAUAUAAAACCUGCCAGGUGACCAGGAAAGUCCACAUGCUGGGACAAUGCCUCAGCCUUUCCUGCCUUCGACUGAAACAGCAGCACCUUCUAAGCCCUGGGGGCUUCCCCGGGCCCAGCCGGGGCCUAGAACCCGCCCGCCGCCCGCCACGCUGCCACUGCAGCUUCCUCUAUAAAGGGACCCGGGCGUCCGGGCCCAGGGGCCCCACAGAGCAGGUUCUCCCCAUGACACCACCUGGAUGGCUCUACCUCCUGAGGGUGCGCAGCGCCCCCCUCCUCCUCCUCCUUCUGGGGCUGCUGCUGGCCCUGCCGCCUGAGGCUCAGGGCCUUCCUGGCGUUGACAUCUCACCCUCCGCUGCCCGGACUGCCUAUCAGCACCCUCAGAAGCACUUCGCACAAGGCACCCUCAAACCUGCUGCUCAUCUUAUUGGAGACCCCAGCACCCAGAACUCCCUGCGCUGGAGAGCAAACACGGAUCGUGCCUUCCUCCGUCAUGGCUUCUCCUUGAGCAACAAUUCCCUCCUGGUCCCCACCAGUGGCCUCUACUUUGUCUACUCUCAGGUGGUCUUCUCUGGGGAAGGCUGCUUCCCCAAGGCCACCUCGACCCCUCUCUACCUGGCCCACGAGGUCCAGCUUUUCUCCUCCCAGUACCCCUUUCACGUUCCUCUCCUCAGUGCUCAGAAGUCCGUGUGCCCAGGGCCACAGGGACCUUGGGUGCGCUCUGUGUACCAGGGAGCUGUGUUCCUGCUCACCCAGGGAGAUCAGCUAUCCACUCACACAGAUGGCAUCUCCCACCUACUCCUCAGCCCCAGUAGUGUCUUCUUUGGAGCUUUUGCUCUGUAGAAAACUCCAGAAGGAAAACUAAUUGGUUUCAAGACUUUCUUCCAUGUUGCCUCCAUUCUGACCACUCAAGGGUCACCACACCUCUUUCCACCAUUCCACUUGUCUCAAGUCUCCCCUGCUCAUGUUACCUAGAGCUUUCAAAGAAGGAGUGCUAGGCAGCCUAGGGGACCAUACCCCCCUGAACUACCCCAAUGUGAGGCCGAGGAUUUCAAGUCUGCCUAGAAAUUCCCACCCAGAGCUCUUCAUCUGUCCUGCCCAUCCAAGGAAGGCCUGGCCCUACCCGUGGAGGGGGCAGACACAUGGAGGACUUGGGUGGACAACAGGAGGCAGGGGAGGGGGGAUUAUUUAUGAAGAGAAAAAAUUAAAUUAUUUAUUUAUGGAGGAUGGAGGGAAGGGAAUAAUCGAAGGCCAUCAGGAGAGAGAGAGAGAAGCCCAAGAGAUGAAGAGCGAGAGAACAUCAGCAUAAGGAUAACCCAGUGAGAGAGAAAACAAGUGGGUCUGAGACGCUGGGGAGCUCUAGAAGGAAGAAAGAGAGUCUUAAGAUCCAGCCACUGCUUGACCAGACACCCCAUGAGGAGGAGACACCUGCACCUUCAAUGAAGCCCAAUAAACCUCUUUUAUCUGAAA